AUGGCACCCCUCAAACUCAACGGCAAGAAUCUGUCACCAAUCUCGGCGGGUGAAGCCCAGGUCAAGGUCCCAACCUACCAGCGCGGCGGCGCUGUCAAGGAGGGAAUUGUUCACGUCGGUGUUGGCGGCUUUCACAGAGCUCACCUGGCUGUCUAUGUCGACGAACUUAUGCAGAAGCAUGGUGUUGACGACUAUGCAAUUGCCGGUGUUGGUUUGCAGCCCUUCGAUGCGGCCAUGCGCGACGCCUUGGGAUCGCAGGACCACCUGUCCACCGUUAUCGAGCGUUCGGCGAAGGGAAGCAUGGCCAAAGUUGUCGGCAGCAUCAACUCCUUCCUCUUUGCCCCUGACGACCAAGAGGCCGUCAUCGCGAAGAUGGCGCACCCGGAUACCCACAUUGUGUCGCUCACCAUUACCGAGAGCGGUUACUAUUAUAAUGAGAAUUCUCAUGAGCUGCAAAGUGAGCACCCCGACAUUCAGUUCGACCUCAACCCGACCAACGACAAGGCUCCGCGCACCACCUUCGGCUUCCUCUAUGCUGCCCUGGCACGGCGUUACCAUCAGGGACUCAAGCCCUUCACUGUCAUGUCGUGCGACAACAUGCAGAAGAACGGCUCUAUCACACGCCGCAUGCUCGAAUCAUUCGCGCGUCUGCGUAACGACUCCGUGAUGGCCAAUUGGAUUGCUGAGCAAGGCGCCUUCCCAAACGCCAUGGUCGACCGUAUCACACCUCAGACAUCCGCCGCCGACAAGACGGCACUCGCAGACACCUUUGGAAUUGAGGACUCAUGGCCAGUUGUUACGGAGCCCUUCAUGCAGUGGGUUAUCGAGGACCAGUUCUCCGACGGCCGACCACCGUUUGAAAAGGUUGGCGUCCAGGUUGUCAAGGAUAUCCACGCUGUCGAGGAGUUCGAGAAGCACAAGCUACGCCUGCUCAACGGCAGCCACUCGGCCAUUGGCUACCCCGGUCAAUUGGCAGGCUUCAAAUAUGUCCACGAGGCCAUGGAAAACCCGCUGUUUCACAAGUUCGUGUGGCAGAUGAUGCAGGACGAGCUUCCCCGCAUCUGUCUCAACGCUUCUGGCAAGAUCCCACAGUUCAUCAUGCCAUCGAUUGCCGAAUCAAUUUGGACCACUAGUCCGUUCCGUCGCCUGUGCUUCGUCGUGGCUGCUUGGUUCCGUUACGUCAGCGGUGUCGACGACAACGGAAACACAUUCGCCGUUGCCGACCCGAUGCGUGAGGAACUCCAUACCAAGGCCCAUGCUGGAGGCACCAGCCCGGCCGAGCUGCUCAGCAUCAAGAGCCUGUUUGGUGAUGAUUUGCGCAGCGAUAAGAGAUUCCUCCAGGAGAUCACCACGGCUAUGGAGGGCAUUGCGCGGGACGGCAUCUUGAAGACGCUUCCCAAGUACGUUGACUAA